AGAACACGACCAGAAUUGUUCCCGAGGCGAAGGUGGCAUCGCAGACUAGUGGGAUUUCUAGCGAAGGCCUGGUGGAUGUUGCCACGGGUGUUGGUGGGAGUGCGGGAGGGCUUGAGAUGAGAGAAGACCCCGAGACUUCUCUGAUGGUAUGAGAGUAUGCUCGCACGUGCCGGACCUCAUGGAGGGGAACUCUUGUGAACCCUCCUCGUCUGCCACAAGUGAAAACUCUCCCCCCCCUCUGUAGCCUCGUUUAUCCCCUACCAUGGGAGGAAUUCUUAGCCGCAGUGGUCGCAAGACCUCAGUUGAUGGCAGCCAUUAUGAUGCGCCUGGGAGAGCAGGUCAAAACCACUCCCGCCAUCAUGACGUGGCACAGCAGCAGGUCAAGCGGCAGCAAGGGACAAGUCACAACCCUCAGACCCACAGCAACCACCAUCACCAUCACAAUCAUCAAGGUGCAAACCAUGCGAGCUCUCCUAACCGCAAGGAUGGAUCGCCACAGGUCUCGAGGGUUCCAUCCACAGAAUCCAAUCAUGGUGGAUCCACAGACAAGGCGAGGAAGUCGAAACCUCCGGCUCUUCAGCCCGAAGUCAGUCUGUCGGGCUUGAACUUGACGUCUCCCAUCGCGGCUACUCCUGCCCCAAAGACUCCGGAGUCGCCUGGAGUUGCCGCCUUCACUUCCAACAUCCUUGCAUCAGCUGCAUCUCAUGAGAUCGUGUUCGAGACCAGCGAAGCG